CAGCGGUUUCAAAGAGCGACACCAGGAGGGAGAAGAUGGCACGGAAGCAGAGGACAAGCACUCCUCAACUGUGGAGUUUUCAACAAACAAGGAGCAGGUCAUGUCCAGCCGGCCACAUCCCUCCAUCAAGGGUAUGAGCGCAGAGGAGCAGGACCGGCUGCGCGGCCUCUUUCACGCCUACGACGUGGACAACUCCGGGCGGAUCGAGAGGAACGAGUUUCUCACCAUCUGUGCGGAGCUGCAGGUGUCCGAGGCAGAGGCGGACCGUGUAUUUAACCGGCUGGACGUCGACCACGACGGAACCGUCAGCCUGCGGGAGUUCGUCGGGGGCUUCCACGACUGCCACGGGAAGGGCAUGGAGUCGGACGGAGUGGACUUGUCCGCCGCCUGGGAGGACUUCGAGAGGAAGCUGGGCGAGCAGGCCAGGUUCAUCCCCAGGCAUGAACAAGCAGCGACGUUGUACCAGAACAUCACUCUGACUGAGCCCAGACUGAUUCCUCAGUUUGAAAAAGUCAUCGUUAACUUCACAAAAGAGAUCAAACAGCAAAACUCAGAGAUGGAAAACCUGGCUUUCGCCAUCAAACGAGUGCAGGACCAGGCAACGAUGCAGCUCAGUGAGAUGGAGGAGGAGAUGGACCAACGCAUUCAUGCUGCGGAGAGAAAAACACGGGAGAAGGAGAAGAGGCAAUCCGAGGCCGCACUGAGCGAGUUACGAAGAAGUUAUGAAACUGAUGUGUGUGAGCUUCAGUGUAAGAUCCAGAGGAUGCAGAUGAUAGAAGAGAAGUACAACAACAUCACUGUGAAAGACGAGAGCCCAUUGCUGAAGAAGAAGAUCAAUGAGCUUACGCUGGAGAACCAGCGGUUAAAACAGGACCUGUUGAAAUCUCAGACCAAAGUCGCCUGUCUGCAGAGUGAGAUGGACUCGCUGAAGACAGAGUUAACCGAUCAAAGUAUCAACUAUGAACAAGACGAGGAGCUCCUGAAACAUUUCUCUGAUGAGCGAGACAUCCUGGAGAGUCAGAUCGAGAUUCUGCAGACAGCCAACAGGAAGCUCCAUGACAGCAACGAUGGCCUGAGGGCCACUCUGGAGAGGAUCAAAAGGUCUGGUAACAGUGGAUCACCAGCAGAAAUAAAGGAAAGAAAGAGAAGUAAUAGCAUGUGCUUCACAUCACCAUACGCAUUAAUGGACAGGUUCUCCCAGCGUAUGGACGAUUACCGCGUGUACAGCCGGCGGCCCAGCUGUGACACCCUGGCCUUGGCCGUGUGUGACCCAGGCCUGAGGCGCAGACACAGCAGUGAGUGCGAGGAGGAUAGCCUGCCCGAGAUCUACGUGGACAGCGGCCUGUCAACACUCAGAGGCUCACAUGGAGGCUACGACUCUGAGCAGGAGGUCAGAGGUCUAGAAGAAGAGGAAGAGAGAGAGGAGAAAAAAGGGCAGGAUGACAACAAUGAUAGCAUGAUGGGAGAAAACUCUGACACUGAGCCAGCAGAGACACAGGACAUUGAGUCAGCAUUUGGGUCAGACAGCAGCUCAGCCUUGGACUGGAAGCCAUCUGAAUCCAUUAGCGUCACCAAAGCAACCCAAGCCCCAACGACACGGAAAGCCCUCAGUGCCAUCAGUGUUCAGAAGGACGACAAGGAUAGCGUUGACCUGGGCUACCUGACAUCAGAGAAAGCCUACAGGAUCGUGUUGGCCGGAGAUGCUACUGUGGGAAAGUCCAGCUUCCUGCUGCGCCUCUGCAAAAAUGAAUUCAAAUUAAACACCAGCACCACUCUGGGAGUGGAUUUCCAGAUGAAGACGCUAAUCGUAGAUGGAGAGCCUGUUUUACUACAAAUAUGGGACACUGCCGGACAGGAAAGGUUUCGCAGUAUUGCAAGGUCUUAUUUCCGUCGGGCGGAUGGUGUGUUGCUUCUGUACGAUGUCACCUGUGAAAAGACCUUCCUUAAUGUUAGAGAGUGGGUGGACAUAAUUGAGGAUGUAUCCCAGGAGGAUAUUCCCAUCAUGCUCGUGGGUAAUAAAUGUGAUGUCAGACAAGAUGGCGUUAACUGUGUUCCUACCAGCUAUGGCGAAAAACUGGCCAUGACAUACAACACUCUGUUUUGUGAAACUAGCGCCAAAGAUGGCUCAAACAUCCUUGAGGCUGUGCUGCACCUGGCCAGGCAGGUAAAAGAACAGGCUACCUUUGACGAAAAGAGUCGCUGUCAGUCGCUGCCCAGCUUGGAUGCUCCCAGGAAGAAACCAAACUUCUCUUGCUGCACCUGAUCAACCUCAUCCGUUCUGGACCUCCACGUCUCACUUAAUGAGAACUCAAAAUAGGCGGAACAAGGAAAACAAAGACAGAAACCUGACAAAACAGAAAUGAGACGUAAUCUCUGCAGACAUACAGCAAUAGGAACAAAUCAUCAUCGUGAAUAACCACAACAAUGUAACAUAUGGAUUAAGCGAGCAAACAAUUGAUGUGGGAUCACAGCAGAAUAUCCUCAACUUUGCAUUAGUUUAGAUUAUUUGUUAGUCAGGGUUAUUUUGAAAAUAAUGGACUGAGCUUCAUUUCAGCCACAGCUUGAAGUCUCUUUGUUCCGAAAUUUAUGAAUUUGAGAAAGUCUAAGUCAGUGUAAACUGUCUUGCUGUGUGACAGUUAAGUUUAAUUUUUUUAUUAUGCUGUUGAACAUAUUUGUGUAAGUCCCUUUCAAAUAUUUGAUAUGAUUUGUACAGUUAGCCUAGAGUGACAUUGCCAUGUUGUGAAGAUUGUCCAAGCAUAUCAUGAAAAGAGAGAGACAGCUGUGAAAGUGAAGUAAAAUGUGUGAGAAGGAUCUGAAAGUGAAGCCAAAUAUAUGAGCAUGUCUGUAAAGUGAUAGUAUGUGAUGUUGACGAAUAACUGCACAUGACAGAGGCAAGAGAGCUAUUUUAGCAUGUUGUUGUGGUGAGAUAAUAAGAAAAUAAGAACAGAUUCUUACCUGGUAAUGCUAUUAACUGUGAAACUUUUCUUAAUAUUUCUGAGUUCAGUUAUCAUCAGUGCAAGUGCUGGUUUGAAAUGAUAUCUGCAGCAUGUUGGUGGCCUAAAAGGAAACUGAAGUUUGGUGUUUGCACCACCCAGAACCUCCGACAUUAUUGCAGGUGAACAUCGACUGGCGACAAUGGAGACAGUGAGAACUGCGGAAGAGCUUAAAGCAAGAAAUGCUCAGCAUCAUCUUUGUUCAUGAAUGAUGAACCCUGGUGCAGCGUGUGACUGCAUGAGACUUUAUGCUAAUCUAACAACCCAUCAUCGUUAUUAUAUUACGCACAGUGUUAAUUUCUUUUAACGUGUCUUCCCACUGAGGAUGGCUUUGUGUUAUAGAUUUUAUAUUUUCUAUGCUGAACAUGUAGUAGAUCAUUUUCAAUUUGCACAAAUGCUUUAAAUACUGUCAUUUUAUCAUUCGGUAUGAGUUAUGAAAAUUAGGUAAGAAUAAAAGAGAGGUGGCAGGAAGCAGAGCCCUUAUUUUUAUUCCUCUGAUACAGUACACGUCUGUAAUUCCCUAAAAAUGUGUACAUGUGAGCUUGGCAAAUUGUCACUACUGACUUCACAUUUGUUGGAUUCGCAAAAAACAUGUGAAACUACUAGCCCCAAAUCUUUCCAAAGGUGGAAUGGGGGGGGUCCAACUUUUUUUCCUCCCCAAACUUAAUAUAUAUGUAUAGUAUCUCUAUGUGUAUGUACAUACUGUACAUACAUUUAUGUAGUAGAGUACAUGACAAUAGAAAAAAAGAAGCGAAUCACCAAUUUUUCUAACUUUUCAAUUCUAACAAUCUGACAACCACGUUCGCCUCAUAUGGUGAUUGGCCAGGUGUGCAGCGGUGAAAAAGUUUUUUUGUUUUUUUUUAAAUAACAUGUCCAUUUGAAACUAGUAUAAAUACUAUUGCCAUUAGACAUAUUCGUAUACCACUUUGUAGAAUCUAGUUCAUAUGAAGCAUACUGAAACCUUUAGAUGCCACAUGGGUCACAGCCCUGUUUGUGAUUUUGAGUCUGGAGGUGAAAAAAGCUCAAGAAACACCGGUUAUAUACCGUAAAUGUGCAUGUAGCAGAGAACCUGUUGCU